AUGUCAUCGAGAGCAAUAGGUUACACAGUGGAGCAUGCUGCUGACGCGUUGUUUUUUUAUGUGAAAGUGAAUGGCUCACGAUCGAUACUUGAAUAUAGGUGCCUUCCGAACAAUGUCCUCGAUCUCUAUCACACCGAAGUACCUCCAAUACUCCGAGGUAAAGGUAUCGCUAAAGUGCUUUGUCAAGCUGCAUUCAAAUACGCAAAAGACCAAAAUCUUCGCGUCUUACCGACGUGUUCGUAUGUGGCUAAAUAUUCCAAAAAGUUUGCAACGGAUGACGAAAAGUCGUUGUUGGUAUGUCGUGAAAAAUUGAAAAGAGUAUAA